AUGGUUCGUCAACGACUUGGUCCAUCAAGUCGCUUCAAAGUGUUGAUUGUUGCCACUGUCGUGCUGUGCUUCUUGCACCUGCCCAUCAAUGGCUCGCAUCCAGCUCUAGCAGUAACAGGCUUAGGCAGAGAAGCUACCAGAGCAAGGCAGUCUGCGCAAACACGGUUGGCAGCUGAAUCCAAGAAACGGCAGUUGCCUCCCUUGACAAGUCCCGCAAAUCCUGAAGAACACGUGUUCGUUCCCUUGGAAGGUUAUGGACAGAAGAUAGAGGAUUUGUUUGACGGAGAGGAUUUUGUGUUUGUUCGUGGAGGUGUUGCCGUGGGCAAAAGCACCAUGGGGGCUGAUUUGGCCCGGCAGUUCCCAAAAAGGUUUGUUCGCGUUCCCUUCACCUGUGCUGCAGAAGAGACAUGGAUUGCAGACAUCAAUAAUGCAAUUCGUAGUGCCACAGGAACUGCGAAACUGCGAGAGACAUCGCCUCUUCUUUGCUUGCGAACUGCUCUCGAGUUAGCAAUUAACGAUGAUCUCAUUUUGGUGUUGGAUGAAGCGCAUACAAUAUUUUCGUUACCACUACUUUGCGAAUCUCUCUUUCAGAGUACAAGACACCCCAAGCUGCUCUUGUUAUCAGCAUCAGGCGACGAGGCAAAGAUGAGCAGCGAGGUCGCAGCUACCGAGAUCAGACAGAAGUUCUUUUGGACUCCUCCUGUCCCUGAAACGGAGGAUGCUCUUGAUGAACUUGUCAAACAGUUGAAUGAGGCAGGCGUACACCUAGAUGCAAGAAGCGUGGCUUUCUUCCUCAAAUUUUGCGCCGGGCAUAGAUCAAUUUUUGUUGCCGCGAUGAACUGGGUCAAAAAGAUGCAAGAUGAGACAAGUCAUUGGGCAUAUAGAGAAACAGUCGCAAAAGUUCGAGCCAGCAUAGGCGAUGGAAGUUGGGCAACUGGCACGAUCUUGGGUGCACUUGCUGAAUCACGAGGAGUGAAGGUGAAUUGGAUUGACGUAGUGCCAAAAGAAUUCAUACAACGUCUCUGUGAAGGCCCAGGUAGUCUUUCUAAGGAGAUACGGCAUGAGUUGACCAUCCAGGGAUUUGUCAUCCCGUUCUCGGAAGGUAAUGAUGAGUUCCAGCGAGUAGAUUGGACAAGACCAGGUGCCACGUAUGCUGUUGCCAAUCCAAUUCUGGCUUCCUACUACAGGCAUCAAUUACAGAACUUUCGUGGAUUGAAAGUGCAUGUUGAACCGUUUGUGCCAGUCAAUUGUUUGGAUCUGUUGCUUCGCGCAAUUCCAUAUCUGACUUUUGCACAGGUGGUCUCCUUUGCCGCAGACCUUGAAUCAAAUUCCUCGCUGUCAGGGUCAGACUUGCCGUAUGAAGAGCAAUACAAUGCUGCCAUCCUACAUGCUCUGCAGAGAUUGGGGUAUCAGGCUUCUGCACCUUUGACCGCCCGCAAUGGCAAAGUUGAUGUACUGGUGCAGAUUAACCAGAUGGCUUUCAGCUUGGAAUGCAUCAUGGCAAAUCGUGGCAAGGAAAGCCACAUUGAGCAUCGCAAUCGAUUCGACAAUGAAAACCUGACAAACUAUUUCAAGGCUGACCACAAGGCACUACUCACAAUCGGAAGUACAAAUGUUGCGCGUAAACGAGUCAAUGAGACAAGAGCUGAUGGUGUGGAGAUCAUCGGUUUGAUGCCAAACAUUGCGCAUACUGGCUACCACGUUCUGUACCGAGGUGCCGCUGAGGGUACAGAUUUGGUGGAGUACUAUGUCGAGUGCGACCUUGUAGCACGUGCGUUGGACAAUGAUCGAAUCCGCUGCAUCCAGAAGAUUUCGCACAUCAACCCACCUGGCAAGCCACGCAAGGCUCUCGCGAAAGGGCCGACCCACCAGAAGGUCAAGACGCUCGACGUGCACAUCGAGAAGAUCGACGACGACUACCAGAGGAGACAGCAGAUCAGAAGCUUGACCGCCUGCUCCGAGAGCAACGAGCAGCAAGGGCUUCGUCAUUGCCUGCGGAAGAUGAUCUGGCUGUUCGGCGCUUGGCUAUGCAUCCUGCCGCUGAUGGGGCAGCAGAUUCUCAGAGAGGGCGAAGAGAAGGAAGUGGGGCACAACAACCUGGACAUCAUG